AUGUUCACACCGUUUUCCUGUUUCAGGGAUUACCUGAACAAAUAUGACAGCGAUGGGUCAGAAGAUGAUGAUUUGUACCCCCCUCCACCACAUCACAAAAUUGCCACCACUACAAGUACGACGACGACAACGCCUAGGCCCACAGUGACUACUACGAUAUAUCCACCAUGGAGACGUCAAUACCCAGCAGAACAACCAGAACCACUGCGACCGCAGUAUCCGAUGAGGCAGCUGGAGCAAUCUAGACCAGAAUAUCCAGCAGUGCAACCUGCACGGCGACCAGAUUACCCGGCGAUUCGGCCGGAACAACAACCUCAACCACCACCUCCUGUACCUCCGCUACCACAAGCGGAUCCGUAUCAGUUACGGCGACAACUUGAAGAGGAACAUCGCCGACGAAUGCAGGAGUACUACAGUCAACAACGAGAGCGCCAGAAAGCGCUCGAGCUCGAGAGGAAGAAAGAAACCACAUCCUCUACAACGACGACUACCACCACAACUGUGCCUCCAAUCGUAUUUCCACGGCGUCCGGUACCUGCUGACACUAAUAUCCAAGCGAGGCCUGAAGUUCAAGCAAGACCAGAUCCAAGAAGACUGGAAGAGCUGGAACGUCAACGUCACGAAGAAAUGCUCCGAAGGGAGCAAGAGCAGAUCGUAGAACGAGCAAGAGCUCAAGCUGAAGCUCGUGCUCGUGUACUUAAACAGAAUGUUGACUCGACCAAGGGCUUGGAUAAAGGUAAACCCUUGCCUUCUCAACGCACUGGUUUUAUUAUCCUCAAGCAUCUUGGUUUGUUUCAACACCCGCAUGCUAUAUCGUCACGUGGUUUGAACUGA